UGAUUGCCUCAAACCACUGCCUGGAACCUGCAAAAAAGGAAAGGAAGUUUGACCUUUUUGCCUCCACAUCAUCUCUUUCAUUUCCAACACUAAAAACAGCAAAGCUAGCGUAAAGUUUUUUAAUGCUGCCUUUCUCCCGCAAGCGUCUGGAAGAUAACGGCAGCGAGGAGUCAUGCAGUUUAUUGUACUUUGGACGAACCUAAUACUUGUUAACUAAACUCAGCUAAGCCUUUAGAAUAGUAACAGUGAAUGUGAUGAAACUGACAUACUUAUUUUUGAACGCUAGAGGGCAGCAGUGGCUCGAGAGAAAACUGCCAUGUUUAUUUCACUGCAAUAUCUGAUUUUCGAUUCGGCAAACGAUUUUACCCAGCAUGUUUUUAUUCACAUUUAAUUCCUGAUAAAUAUAUCGAUAUAUUUUUCUUUAAAAAAUAUUGACAUUUUAUUUUUAGAAUAUGUUUUUUAUGUUACUUUUGGGCUUCGAGGCUCCCUCUAGAGCUGUAAAGUGUCAUUUACACUAAAGUCAGAGUGGUAAACAUGCAUUUGUUGACAAGGAGAGUUGAAUUUUUGAAAGUUCACAGUUAACGUCAGUCAAAUUGGUCUAGAUAAAUGAGUGAUGGCAUCAGCUAUUUGACUCCAGAGAAAAAGAUUAGGGGAAAAUAUUGAUAGAUGGAACUGACCUUUGCCCCGUAUAGAAGCGAGUGCCCUGCUGUCUACUGGAUGCUAAUCACAGGUCAAAGUCUGCUUCCAGUAAGAGCUCACUGUGUGGUUGUCACACACUCACAAUACUCAUCUCACCCUGUUGACAACACGUGUGACAUUCUUCCGACAAUGCUGCUCCGAACUGUUGCUCUUCUCCUCUUAUGUGUGUGGGCUGGUGUGUGCGCUACUUUGGGCAACUACCAGUCCGCAGCACAGGCGAAGGAGGAAGCUCCUGCGGUGGAUCCACAAGACACUCCUGUUGAAGACAUCGUACUAGAUGGGGGACACAACCAGCAACUCUAUGAAGUGGAUCACAAAACACCUGACAAACUUGAGAGUGCCGACGCUCCAGUUGAAAACACACGAAGGCCUCCUGACGGUGUGGAGAUUAACGGUGAAGCCCAGCAGCCUUCUGAGGAGACGGAAGAGAGCAAUGAGAUCAAGCCUGUGCAGACUAAACAGCCCGUGAACACUUCCUGGCCUCGUAACGACAGUAACAGCUGGAGCCUCAACUCAAUUAGGAGCAGUUUUCAGACAAUGCACGGCUACUUUGACUCCUUGGUGGAGCUGGUGGGGGGGCACAAUGGAGUGUGUCAGUACCGCUGCAGAUAUGGGGAUCAUCCUCAGCCCCGUCCUGGCUACAAGCACCAGGAACCUAACGGCUGCAGCUCCUCUAUGGUGGGAUUCCAGCUUGAUCUGGGCAUCCCUGCCAUGACUGAGUGCUGCAACCAGCUUGAUGUGUGCUACGACCACUGUGGCGUGAAUAAGUACGACUGUGACACCAAGUUUCGCUCUUGUCUUCACAACAUUUGCUCCGACCUGAAGAGAAGUCUAGGCUUUGUGUCCAAAGUACAAGCCUGUGAGUCAAUGGCGGACGCCCUGUACAACACAGUGUGGACUCUUGGAUGCCGGCCUUACAUGAACAGCCAGAGGGCAGCAUGUGUGUGUGAGGGAGAAGAGCGGGAUGAACUGUGACACUGAACACUUUGGACAAACAGCUAUCAAAAGAAAAUUACAUUUCAUGAUUGUGGAAUUAGAACAAAUAAGAGUGGAAGAUUAGAUAAUUACAGUAACUACUUUUAUACUCUCUAAAAUGCAUCCCUCGUUCGGCCAGUUGUUAGGCCUGUAUGACUCCAUUAACAUCCAUUUCUUUAUUUGUUAUUUAUGAAUGCAUGUAACCUCAGACUACUAACUCAUACUGUAUAUGUCUUGACAGCAUGUUACAAAUGACCUCAAUAACCUUCAUAUACUGUAAAUGUCACUUACGCUCGUGUCUGUAAAGUGGCAGAGAUGCACUCGGACCUGUCUGUGUGGACUCUCUAGAUCAGGGCUAAAUGCUGAAUAAUGAAAGGAUGCAAGGGCAACUUUGAUAUUUUGUAAGCUAAGCUAAGAAGUUAGAUACUGUAUAUUUCAAGAAAAAAGUGCAUCUCAUCGUUGUGAUGUAAAAGUGUAUUCUUAGUAUGAACUUGCUUUUCGGAAUAUCAUGACUUUAUUCCCAUAAUAUUAGAAUUUUUUCCCCCCAACCUAAUUUUCCAAAAAUUACAACUUUAUUUUGUUUUGUUUGUGCCUCAUGUGAGCACUAAUAUUACAAAAAAUAACAUUUUUUAAAAAUAUUUCAACUCUAUACUACUAAAAUGGUAUUAUUUUUCUUCAUAAUAUUACGAGUGUAUUCCUGUGCAUUCUUUUCUUGUUAGCAUAUGACUUUUUUCUCUUAAUAUUUUGACUUUAUUCUCGGAAAAUUACAGCUUUUUUCAAUGUCUGCUGUUUAUUAUUUUUUUUAUUUUCCAACAAUUUCAACUUUUUCUUUCUUUCAAUUUUCU